AUGGGAGCCUGCCUGGCUCUGCUGACUGUGUUCUUUGCUUCAGGGCUGAACAUUGCAGACCACGUGGCCUUCAUCAUCACUGUGCCCACAGCACUGGCUAUAUUCCUGGCUGUGUUUGUUCUUGUCUGCGUCGAGUCCAUCUUCAAGAAGCUUUUGCGUGUUUUCUCCUUGGUCAUCUGGGCCUGCUUGGUUGCGAUGGGCUACCUUUUUAUGUUUACUGGAGGUAUCGUCUCUCCUUGGGAUCAGGUUUCUUUCUUCCUGUUUAUUGUGUUCGUUGUUUACACCAUGUUGCCGUUCUCCAUGCGUGAAGCCAUCAUUGCCAGCGUUCUGACUUCUGCGUCUCACACCGUUGUGUUGAGUGUCUGCUUGUCCACAGCAGCUGAUCACCUGGAGGCAGUCGUGUGGCAGAUUUUGGCCAACGUCAUCAUUUUUGUGUGUGGCAACAUGGCUGGGGCGUACCAUAAACACCUCAUGGAGCUGGCUCUAAAACAGACCUACCAGGACACCUGCAACUGCAUCAAGUCUCCAAUUAAACUGGAAUUUGAGAAGAGACAACAGGAGCGUCUUCUGUUGUCUUUGCUGCCGGCUCACAUCGCCCGUGUCAUGAAAGCAGAGAUCAUUCAAAGACUUAAAGGACCAAACUUUGGCCAGAUUGAGAACACAAACAACUUUCACAACCUCUAUGUCCAAAGACACACUAAUGUCAGUAUACUUUAUGCAGAUAUAGUUGGAUUCACGCGGCUUGCCAGUGACUGUUCACCUGGAGAACUGGUGUACAUGCUGAAUGAACUGUUCGGUAAAUUUGAUCAGAUUGCCAAGGAGAAUGAAUGUAUGCGGAUCAAAAUCCUGGGUGACUGUUAUUACUGUGUGUCUGGCCUCCCCGAGUCACUGCCGAACCACGCUAAAAACUGUGUCAAAAUGGGCCUGGACAUGUGUGAGGCCAUCAAGAAAGUACGAGAUGCUACAGGGGUGGACAUUAACAUGCGUGUUGGUGUACAUUCUGGGAAUGUCUUGUGCGGUGUUAUUGGACUUCAGAAAUGGCAGUAUGAUGUUUGGUCACAUGACGUCACAUUGGCUAACCAUAUGGAGGCAGGAGGUGUACCGGGGCGAGUGCACAUCACAUCAGUGACCCUGGAGCACCUGAAUGGUGCCUACAAGGUGGAGCAUGGGGAUGGACAAGAACGAGAUCCUUACCUAAAGGAGCAUGGCGUCAUCACCUACCUGGUUAUCAACCCAAAGGUCGAGCAUCGGAGCCCACAGCAUCAUUACAGACCCAGACACGCACUGUAUGGAGCAAAGAUGAGAGCCUCCGUCAGGAUGACCCGCUACCUGGAGUCAUGGGGAGCAGCCAAGCCCUUUGCCAACCUGCACCACAGGGACAGCAUGACUAACGAGAAUGGCAAGAUCAGCACAGCUGAUGUGCCAUUGGGACAGUAUCACUUCCAGAGAAGAUCAGAAAGGACGAAGUCUCAGAAGAAACGGUUUGAAGAGGAAUUCAAUGAAAGGAUCAUCAGAACAUUUGAUGGAAUAAAUUCACAGAAACAGUGGCUCAAGUCUGAGGAUAUUCAAAGAAUAUCACUAUUUUUUCACAACAAAUCUCUAGAGAAAGAGUACCGAGCAACAACCUUGCCAGCCUUCAAAUACUACGUCACCUGCGCCUGUUCAAUAUUUGUCUGCAUUUUCAUUGUGCAGAUUCUGGUCCUGCCAAAGCCAGGAGUUCUCAAGGAUCUGAAAACCAUGGGCUCCAUCUCUCUCUUUAUCUUUUUCAUCACUCUGCUCGUGCUUGCCAGACAGAAUGAAUAUUACUGUAGGUUAGACUUUCUCUGGAAGAACAAGUUCAAGAAGGAGUGUGAGGAGAUUGAAACCAUGGAAAAUCUCAACCGGGUUUUACUGGAAAACGUCCUUCCUGCACAUGUCGCAGAACACUUCUUGGCUCGCAACUGGAAGAACGAGUUGAAGCAAACAUGA